AUGACUAAUUCUGGUCGGCAGGUCAUUAAUGAAGAUUACGAAGAGCAAUGGGCUCAAGACCGAGCCUUGAGGCACGCCACUAGUGACCGUUUGCCAUUCAGAUGUGAUGCCGUUGAUGACCACUCGUUGACUUUGGUUGAAAAACCAAACAGCAAUGGAUCGGUGACCGAUAACAUAUUUAACAUAUGUAAGACAUUGAAUGAUUAUUUUUAUGCUGUAUUUGAAGUAAAGCCGCAAGGACCUCUACCAAGUUUUUUAAACCAAUCUUCGGUCACUUGCGACAGCAGAAUUGAUUUCGUUACAUAUGAAGAAGUCAAAAACAAACUGCUUAAACUUGAUCUUUCAAAAGCAAUAGGUCCUGAUGGUAUCCAUCCUAGAGUCUUAAAAAAUUGCGCAGAAGCUUUUUCAAUACCUUUAACCAUGUUAUUUAAAUCUUCUAUUUUAACAUCGUUUGUUCCAGAUCAAUGGAGAAAAGCAGAAGUAACACCUAUUUUCAAAAAAGGAAAUAAGUUAAAAGCAAGAUUAUAUAAUCCUCGAAUAUAA